CCCACACUCACACCACCACCAAACCAACAAGGCAACAACACCAACACCAACAACAACAACUCUUCUUCUCUCUCUCUCUCUCUCUCUUCUUACCACUGUUUCAUGCAAAACCAUUUCUAGGGUUGUCGCUUUCUCCCAUUCUCUCCUUCAAUUUCCCAGCUCCGAUACCAUGGCAUUUCCCUCCAAGAAGCUCAUCGAUGACGCCAAUGAUGUUGUCACUGAGUUCAUUGAAGGUCUUGUGGAGACAUAUCCUGGACUACAGUAUUUGGAUGGCUUUCCUCUGGUGAAGGUUGUGUUACGGGCAGAUGUUUCAGCUGCAACAUAUGAUAAAGUUGCAGUCAUUUCAGGGGGAGGAAGUGGCCAUGAGCCUGCCCAUGCUGGAUUUGUGGGAGAGGGAAUGCUUACAGCAGCAAUUUGUGGAGAUAUAUUUUCUUCUCCUCCUGUUGAUUCAAUUUUAGCUGGGAUACGGGCUGUAACUGGUCCUAAAGGAUGUCUUUUGAUUGUAAAGAAUUAUACUGGUGAUCGAUUGAACUUUGGUUUGGCGGCUGAGCUAGCAAAAUCUGAAGGUUAUAAAGUAGAGACUGUUAUUGUUGGGGAUGAUUGUGCACUACCUCCACCUAGAGGAAUUGCUGGAAGAAGAGGUUUGGCAGGGACUAUUCUUGUUCAUAAGGUUGCUGGAGCUGCAGCUGCAGCUGGUCUCUCUCUUGCUGAAGUUGCUGCAGGAGCCAAACAUGCAUCCGAAAUAGUGGGAACAAUGGGAGUUGCUUUGACUGUUUGCACAAUUCCUGGUCAGGUUACAUCAGAUCGUCUGGGGCCAGGAAAGAUGGAACUGGGUCUUGGAAUUCAUGGAGAACCCGGUGCAGCUGUGGCUGAUAUUCAACCUGUAAAUGUGGUGGUUUCUCAUGUGCUGCAGCAAAUAUUGUCCACGGAAACAAACUAUGUUCCAAUAACUCGAGGAGAAAGAGUGGUCCUCAUGGUCAAUGGGUUAGGUGGCACUCCUAUAAUGGAACUAAUGAUUGCAGCUGGAAAAGCAGUUCCAAAAUUACAGCUUGAGCAUGGGCUGGCUGUUGAUAGAGUUUAUACAGGGUCAUUUAUGACUUCACUUGAUAUGGCAGGUUUCUCAAUUUCUAUCAUGAAAGCUGAUCCACUUAUUCUUCAACGAUUAGAUGCCACAACUAAAGCUCCUUAUUGGCCUGUUUCUGCUGAUGGUAAUCACCCACCUGCAAAGAUUCCUGUUCCAAUUCCAGUGUCUCGUUCAACAAAAACUGAUGAGCCACGAAGUCGGCCACUACAACUUAAUGAGCAAGGCCAAAUUCUUGAGGUAGCUAUUGAAGCUGCUGCAAAUGCAAUUAUAAAUCUUAAGGACGAUCUAAAUGAAUGGGAUGGUAAAGUUGGUGAUGGUGACUGUGGAUCAACUAUGUAUAGAGGUGCAAAAGCAAUUCUUGAGGACAUAAAAAAUUACCCCCUAAAUGAUGCUGCAGAGACUGUUGGUGAAAUUGGUUCAUCAAUUGGAAGAUCUAUGGGAGGAACAAGUGGGAUCAUAUAUACAAUAUUUUUUAAGGCAGCAUAUUCACAUCUGAAAGCGAGCUCCCAUUCUGGUAUCACAUCAAAACAAUGGGCAGAAGCACUUGCAGCUUCCAUCGCUGCUGUAAGUAAAUAUGGGGGCGCGAGUGCUGGUUAUAGAACAUUGUUAGAUGCCCUUAUUCCAGCAUCAUCUGUUCUUGAAGAGAAACUAAAUUCUGGUCAUGAUCCUUGUGCCGCGUUUAUUCUCUCCUCUGAAGCUGCAUUAGCUGGAGCUCAGUCAACUGUAGACAUGCAAGCACAGGCUGGGCGUUCAACUUAUGUAUCUGGGGAGAUUCUUUCGAAAGUUCCUGAUCCGGGUGCUAUGGCUGCAGCGACAUGGUACAGAGCUGCGACCUUAGCUGUGAAGGCCAAAUACGAGAGCUAAGCUAAGGCAGGCACACAUAUUAUAUAUUAUAGCUCGCUCUUCUUGCGAUGUCCUGUUUGUGCGGAUAUAGCCAAGUUUUGUUCCGAAUUUUGUACUCUUGUAACCAUUAGGCUCUCCGCUUAUGUUUUUUAAUGCAUAAAGCUGAGAGAGCACUUUCAUAUACACCACCCAAAUUUUAAACUGCAUGUAAAUUUAAAACUUAAUUGCUACAUUCGACAAUAAUAUCCAUCUUAAUUUCAUCUCAUUGUAA